CUUUCUCAAAAAAUCCUAAACACAAUGAGCAUGAAUUACGAGAGCGUUAGUUCGACCUCAAUGGAAGUAAUCGAAAGUGCAUUCCGGUCCACCAUGUUCCCUCAUGUGAAGAUCAAAUUCCAACUUUCCAUACACACCCAAACUUCCAACUAUGUUGUAAACCCAGAUUCCCCAAUGGACCCACACUUUCUUGAAUCCCUCCCUACCAUCGACUACAACACCGCCGCCCAACUCACCGUUGAAGAAUCCUUGUCGCGCGACCAUGUACGGGAGGUGCUCGUAGAGGCCAUCGGCGAUCGCCUCCCCGACUUCGAGCGCCGGCACCUCAUCACCUUCGCGUGGGCGGAAGUGUACAAGAGUUUUACGGCCGAAACCCUACGUAAGUACACCAUUCUUAGCCUUCAUUUCAAGAUAAACAUCAGACGCAGGCACUUGUAUGCCGUGGAGACCGACUAUCCUCGCAUGGUUCCCGCCGCGGAUUCCUCGUUCCCGCUGCUGGAGAAGUGCGAGGCUGAGGAGAGGUGUUGCUGCAUUUGCUUGGAGGAGGUCGGCGGCGGCCUCAGAAUGCCGUGUUCGCAUGUUUUUCACGACGGCUGCAUCAUCAAGUGGCUGCGGACGAGUCACUAUUGCCCGCUUUGCCGCUACCAGAUGCCCGUCGACUAAUAUCAUGGAGUUUCCAUCGAGAAUUUUGGCAAGAAUUUCAAGAUUUCACAUGGUGGAAUUAAUUAUGUUGAUAUAUAUGAAUG